CUUUUAUACAAGGAAUUCCUGAUCCAUGGAAAACUAGAACUCUUCACCGAAGCCAGUCCAGUAAAUAUCCUCGACUGCGAUUUUCUCGCACCAAAAAUAUUUGUUCUACACGAUUUGCGUGCGUGUACGAUGGAGACGACGAGGCAGAAAUAGAACGCGGUGUCCCGUGUCAAUUUAAUAAAGUUCAUAUUGAUGAUAAAAAAGAUCCUCCUCAAGAAGGACACCAAGAAUCAAAUUAUUCGCUAAUUGAGAGAACAUUCAAUGACAAUUUGCAGGGAGUCCGGAAAAAAGAAAACAGAUACACUAGUCAGUUAUCCUUUAAGAAAAACUCGGAAUUAUCGAAUCGCAGGAAACCUACAGAAAAAGUGAAACGUGACCAACGUACUGAGAUUGUUAUAGAAAAAACUCGUCCUAAGUCUCAAGAAAUUAUUUCUAAUAAAAAUCUUAACAAGCAUACUCAUUCUAAAUAUACACAUCACAAAAAGGAUCAAUUGAACGAUAAAAAGCAAUUUGCAUCAAAGAAUGAUUUAGAAAAUGGAAUAAUUACUAAAAAGGAAGGCCAAACUACUUCUAAAAAUGCAGCCGAUGGAAUUGCACAAACUAGUAUAAUACUAAAAGAUAAAAUCGGUGAAGUACAAGAAUCUUUUCCCAGAAAACACACAGAGGUAAAUACCCAAAUGUAUCCUAAUAAUAUUGCCUGUUGCAAUUGUAUACUACAUAGUUAUAUCCUUUCAAGUAUACAUUGUUUUCGUAAUUGUACGAGUCCAUUGAAAGAUGUGAGCUUGUCGAAUAGCGUAUUGUGUGAAGAGUGCGAAAAUAUUUAUUGCAAACGGAAACCAGAGAAAUUAAUUUCUCCGAAAAAAAAGUUAGAAUUUUGUACACCAGACCCAAAAAGGUACGCGAAACAUAAACAACGAGUAUAUAUGAAGCGAGAGAAAAAUAAUGAAUGGACAAAGCAGAAGAUGUACACUUGUAUGCAGAAGGUGAGGAAACAAUUUGGGGAACAAAACAGACUAGACCAUUGCACAGAAACAAAGGACGCGAUCUUCCCUAAGCAAGAACUAAAACUGAUGUGUUAUUACUGUAAUAGCCCUGAUCUGAAAAUUGAGCAAAUCUCUGCAAACACGUCUGGUCGAAACACGCGCUCGUGUAUCUGUAAAAAAGCCUCGAACGAACAAAAUAAGAUCAGGGAUUGCGUUACGAAACAUUCAGUUACAAAAAGUCGAAGGAAUUUUAUUCCAGGUUCUAAGAAGCAUAGUUACACGUGCAUUGGAAACAAAAGGCACGUUUCUAAGUGUGACCUUGACUGGGCGUCACCAUCGAUGACUGCUAAAUGGGGACAUAAUAUGGCUAAAAAGAAUGAUUGUGAAUUCUCGAAGAAAAAUGGUUGCCAUGAUAAAAUGUUAAAAGUAGAAACCGAAAGAACUAGAAUCGACAAAGAAACGAAGAGGAGCGAAAGUACUCAGACGUUUGGCAAUAUCGUAACAGAUAGAAAAGGGAAAGGAUAUAAAAAAGAAGCAUCAGGAGAUUGCUUUUGCAAUGUUAUAAAUAAAAAUAAAGAAAUGGAUAAACAGACUAAUAUUAUGACUAAUGAGUAUGAAGAAAUCGAAGAUGCAGAAUUUCAACAUUCGGAAUCCAAUAAACUCGUGCGCUGUUCCAUAUCAGAUAGUGGAGAGAAUGCGGACGUAUCCGAUAAUACAAGUGUCGACUUUAAUGCCCAAGAUAGAUCGUCAGUAACUUCAAUAACUUUCAUAAAACGAAUGAAUAAUAUUACUUCAAUAAAGAGCCAAUAUCGGCAAAGAAAUCCGAAGAGAGUUUGUCACUUUCGUCGUACAUCAUCACGAGGAAUCGCGUCAAAUUUCGGGCAGAAUUUAAAAAUCGAAGGUAAAUACUGAAGUAACUUUCCAAUUGCUUCGCGCAUUGUUGUUUCUUGUCCUACGACUGGUAAAAAAAGACGAGGAUGUUGUAGGCCAUGAAGGAUUAAUUAAUACAAUAGAAUGGGAAAGACUGAGAAAUGCGGAAUAUACUAUGUAAUAUACAAAAAUUUGGUUGCAGAAAAUACGUAACACGUACAGUUGUUUACUUAAAUCGUCCUAAACACUUAUAGAAAUCUUCUAUUAAAUAAGUGUUCGAUUACUUUUGUGAGCUACUGCAUUUAGUAAUGAGUAAAGCACUCUUUUAAAAAUCAUCUCACGUAUGUAAUAUGAUAAAGCUGAGAAUAGAUAACAGAGAAAGAUAAUUACACAGUUCGUCGACAAGUUACACUAUUGUUCUUGUAGUUAACGUGCAGACUCAGUAAAGAAUUAGAAUAAGAUCCUUUAUUAACACUGACAUAAAAUCAAGAUAAUUGGAUGAAUAAUAUGUAAAAAAUUAACAAACUUAAUUAUGAAAUUAUUAUGCUAUAAAAUCAUAUAUAUAUAUGUAUCUAAUAAGUGGUUAAAAAAAAAUAAUUUGAAGAAAAUUGUGCGUGGAAUAAAUACGCGUAAGAUGGAACAUUCACCUUACUUGGGUACAUACUUUGAUAUCACUCGAUGAAGUAAAAAAGUCCUUAAAAAGUCAGGGUAGUAUUAAUAUAUGAAAUAAGAGAAUUAUUUUAAGGAACAUCUGUCUUUUAUCCGAUUAUUUAUCAACGCGGAAAGGCUAAAGAAUUAUAUAAGAAAAUACUGCACUAAGUAAAAACGAUAACUCUUUGUUUAAUACUGGUAGAAAGUUUGCAAAGGUAAAAAGUAAAAAGUAACAGGCUGGAAAUAAUAAAGUAAUAAAACUAAGAGGAAAAGGAUAUUUUUACCAAAAUUAUUUAAAAUACUUGUGUACUAAAAUUAUUGAAAAAUAAGCAAUUAAUUUGAUUAAAAUGUAUACCGUUCAUUUUAAAAAAUAAUAUUUAGAAGCGAAAAAAGAUAAAAUCUAGAAAUAUUAAUUAGUAAUAUGUAUAUCUUUGUUAUUGAACAAAAUGU